AUGCAGCUACUAUGGCUCAGUCUCCUCUUACCCUUUCAGAUCUCAGGGAUCUCCAGAGUCCCGUUGAUCAUGCAGAGCCCAGAAACUCUCCUGGUUCAGACUGACAAAGAGUCAAAGCUCCUCUGUGACAUCAGAUCAUCCACAAACAUUUAUGGAAUCUACUGGUUUCGUCAGGUCGAGCCUCCCGGCACUGGCAGUCACUAUCAGUUUCUGGUCCAUUUAGACUCCAAGAGCACUUUUAAUCAUGGGGAGGGUGUCAAACCAGAACAUGUCCUUGUGUCCAGAGAGUCGCACAAAUCCACACUCAGGCUGCUGAAUAUGAAGCCUUCGGACAGCGGCAUCUACAUCUGUGGCAUUGUUGCAGGCCAUCAACUGGUCUUUGGAAGUGGAACCCGGCUGAAUGUGGUUGAUGUCUUGCCUACCACCCCUAUGCCCACCAAAAAGACUACCCCCAAGAAGAGAAUAUGCAGUACUAAACGCUCAGAGGUCACACAACAGAAUGGUUUCCUCUGCAGCGCCCUCCCCCUAAGCCUGCUGGUGGGAUGUGCCGUGGUUUUGCUGAUCUCCCUAAUUGUGAUCAUUCGAAUAAACUACUUGUGGAAUCUAGCUCGGCAUCACUUUGUGAAACAGCUUCAAAGAUGAGUACCCCUCUUCACCCCAUACCCAAAAUAAAGUUCUCCAAAUAGCCUGCUGAAGAAAUGCACUGGAUUUUACACAAGUGGAAUUGGAGAAACUGAGGCAUCAGAAUAGCAAUGAACCUUUGAAAUUUUCCUAAGUCAUUGGGGCUGCCCGCUUUGCGCCAUUGCUUGCCCUUCUUGUGAGCUGGGUUCAUAGGAUAAGUAUGU